UCCUCCUCCUCCGCGCCGCGCUGCCGGACCCCGACCACUUGAAACUCCAAUAAGCAGGCGCACGGAGGGAAGGAGGAUCGCACAGGAUCCUGUCAGCGGGAGCUCAGAGGGAAUAACAAGAGACCUUUAUACCACUCUCUCUCUCUCUCGUACUCUCUCUCUCUCUCUCACUCUCUCUCUCGCACGCUCGCUCCUUGCGCAUCGCAGAACCUUUCAGAAAGUGCUCGUGCUCUAACUCCGGGCAAAAGUUACCAUGUACGUGCACGCUUUGAUACGCGCGAGCCUUGGAUUUGUGGCUCUCUGCCUGGUCGCCUUUGUCCAACAGUCCGCUUCAGGAAGUAAAAGCACUCAAGAUGUGGACGAGUGUGCAGAGGCGCUUGACAACUGCAGCAUCGAUGCCAUCUGCCAGAACACCCUGAAGUCAUACAAAUGUAUCUGCAAGUCGGGCUAUAAAGGGGACGGCAAACAUUGUGAAGAUGUGGACGAGUGUGCGACCGAAUACAACGGCGGCUGUGUGCACGAGUGCAUCAACAUCCCUGGGAAUUACAGGUGCACAUGCUAUGAUGGCUUUCGCUUGGCACAUGACGGGCACAAUUGUCUCGACGUGGAUGAGUGCUCGGAAGGCAACGGCGGAUGCCAGCAGAUUUGUGUCAACAUGAUGGGCAGCUACGAGUGCCGCUGCAGAGAAGGAUUCCUCCUCAGCGACAACCAGCACACCUGCAUCCAGAGGCCUAAAGCGCAACCAGAAGGCAAUAAGGACGGACCCACCUGUAUGGACAAGAACCACGGCUGUGCACACAUCUGCAGGGAAACACAGAAGGGGGGCAUCUCCUGCGAGUGCCGACCUGGGUUCCAGCUCACCCGUAACAUGAAGGACUGCAAAUUGACGUGUAACUACGGGAAUGGGGGCUGCCAGCACAUCUGCGAGGAGACGGACCACGGCCCCAAGUGCUCGUGCCACAUGAAGUUCGUCCUGCACAGCGAUGGAAAGACUUGUGUAGGAGAGAGGAGUGUCCAGUCCCCGGCAGCCACACAUCUGUUCCCCAAUGAGACCUGUGCAGUGAACAAUGGCGGCUGUGAUAGCACGUGUCAUGAUUCGGUGACGGGGGUCCGCUGCAGCUGUCCCGUCGGCUUCACCCUGCAGCCGGACCGCAAGACCUGCAAAGACAUUGACGAGUGCCGCCUGAACAACGGCGGCUGCGAUCACGUGUGUCGAAACACCGUCGGCAGCUUCGAGUGCAGCUGCAAGAAAGGCUACAAGCUUCUGACCAAUGAGAGAACCUGUCAAGACAUCGACGAAUGCUCCUUCGACCGCGCCUGCGACCACUUCUGUGUGAACUCUGCCGGCAGCUUCCAGUGCCUGUGUCACAAAGGCUACGUCCUGUACGGCCUGGCACACUGUGGAGAUAUCGACGAAUGCAGCAUAAAUCGUGGGGGGUGUAAAUAUGGCUGCAUCAACUCUCAGGGGAGCUACGAGUGUACCUGCCCACCAGGGUACAAGCUGCACUGGAACCGGAAGGACUGCGUCGAAGUCCUGAAGUGUUUUGCUGGACUGGUGGCACCCAAAGCAACACUGACCUGUAGCAAGACGGGCAAGAAAGAGAGCUGCUCCCUCACCUGUGCCUCUAAAGCUCACUAUCUGGCAGAGUCUGACAACAGCUACUCAGUCAGUUGUGGUAUCCCCAUCUUCAGAGGAAAGUCUCCCUCCAGGUUCAACUCCAGCAGUCAUAGCUGCAUAGAGACUCUGGCUCCUCCAGUGAAGCAGACGGCUUCCUUCAAGAUUAAAAAUGCCAAAUGUCACCUGCACCCCAAACUGACCGGCAGGACGGAGGACAGGGGACGGACGCUAGGACCAGGAGGGGGGCAGCCCUGCAGCAACUGCCUCGUAACGUUUGUCAACCUCAAGUGUGACUCCUCAAAGAAGGCGAAGGGACGACGUGCUCGUAACCCGUCCAACAAAGAGGUCACUCGCAUCACUCUGGAGCUGGAGGCCGAGGUCAAACCCGGAGACACCACAGGCAGUUGUAAUCUCAGCUGCCUGAGACAGCGCAUGGAGAAGCAGGUGAAGACCUACAUCAAGGCUCUGAAGAAGUCCAUCAACCAGGAGCGCUUCCUGAUCCGAGUCGCGGGCUUGGAAUACGAGGUCGCCCAAAAACUUCCCCAGGCCGCUCCCAGUCAAGAGAACUGUAACCCGGGCUCGGAGCGGGAGAGCGGCCGAUGUGUCAGAUGUUUGUCGGGGUCGUAUUACCACGGCGAGCAAGAGCGCUGCGUCCAGUGUCCACCGGGCACUUUCCAGGAGAGGGAGGGGCAGCUGGCCUGUGACCUCUGCCCCGGCAGCGACGGCCACGGGCCUGUGGGGGCACGGAACAUCUCCUCCUGUGCAGGCCAGUGUCCGACCGGCUCCUUCUCCAGCGACGGCUUCAAACCAUGUCAGCCGUGCCCUCACGGAACCUACCAGCCCGAUUUGGGACGGACCCUGUGCUUCCCCUGUGGCGGAGGACUGGGCACCAAGCGGGAAGGUGCCAGCUCCUUCCACGACUGUGAGGUCAAAGUUCAGUGUUCUCCCGGUCAUUACUACAACACCACAGUGCACCGGUGCAUCCGCUGCCCCGUGGGGACCUAUCAGACAGAGUUCAGACAGAACUACUGUAUCUCCUGCCCAGGAAACACCACCACGGACUUUGAUGGGGCCACGAGCGUAUCGCAGUGCAAGAACAGGCAAUGCGGUGGAGAGAUGGGCGAGUUCAUGGGUUACAUUGAGUCACCGAACUACCCCGGCAAUUACCCCGCCAACGUGGAAUGCAUCUGGAACAUCAACCCGCCCAGCAAACGCAAGAUCCUCAUCGUGGUGCCGGAGAUUUUCCUGCCCUCCGAGGACGAGUGUGGAGAUGUGUUGGUGAUGAGGAAGAACUGGUCAGCCACAUCCAUCACCACCUACGAGACGUGUCAGACGUACGAGCGGCCAAUCGCCUUCACAGCUCGCUCCAGACGUCUGUGGAUUAACUUCAAGUCCAACGAGGCCAACAGCGCCCGGGGCUUCCAGAUCCCCUACGUCACCUAUGAUGAGGACUAUGAACAGCUGGUAGAGGACAUAGUGAGGGACGGACGACUCUACUCUUCAGAAAACCACCAAGAAAUCCUCAAGGAUAAGAAACUGAUUAAGACUCUGUUCGACGUGCUGGCUCACCCAAACAACUACUUCAAGUACACCACUCGGGAGUCCAACGAGAUGCUCCCCCGCUCCUUCAUACGUCUCAUCAGCAGCAAAGUCUCAGCCUUCCUGCGACCAUACAAGUAAAAAAGGUCGCGCGGCCGACGCAUUGGAUCGUGACCUCCCCCGACCCCCCCCCCCACCCGCCUACCCCCCUCCCGCCGCCUUACAGGCCACAUCCCGCAACUCUCACAGGGCUUAAAAGAAAGUAAAAAAGAAAAGAAAACGAAACACAAAACCUGCCACCUUGUUUACCCUCUCGUAUUUUCCAUAGGCUUUGACAAUAAACACUAUGCAGACCUGAAGAGAACAUUAUUUGUGUUUUAGGUUUUCUUCAUGUCGUUUCCGUUCAGCGCAGGUCUGCAGCCCCGAGCUCAAACCCUCAGUGGGGGUGUAGAGUGUGUGAGUGGGUUUUGUUUUUUUCUAUUGUGUUGUGAAACAAAACCACACACACACACAGAAAAUAACAAUAGAAACGUCGACUUCAGACAGGGAGCGAUGUUUGGUGUGUGUGCGGUUUGAGCUUGAUAGAGCUUGUUGCUGUCGUAUUUGCUUAAAUGAGGGGUCUGAGUUCCGGCUCCAACUCCUACCAUUAAGUAUGACUCUGUGUGCGUGUUGUGUGCGUGUUGUGUAACCCCCCGGUUCCAUCUUCAGUGUCUGUGUUGACACUCGCCCGGCGAGGAGGAGCCGUCGCUGAAUCUCGUGUCGCAGCUUCGCUCCAGGUCAUUUAAAGCCUUACUUAUAUUUGAGCUCUUAGAGCGACUUCCACGAGUUUUACUGUUAAAACAGUUUGUUUGUGUUUUGUUCCGUUGUGUUGCUCUUUUACAAGCCAACUUAAAAAGCAAAUAGAUCAAAUGUUUUUAUUCCAGGGACACCCGCGGACAAUUGAGGGGACGAAUAACAAACUAAUAAUAAUAGUGAGAGCCACAGAAAUGAGAUAAUGGGAUGUAAGGUGGAACAUGUCUCAGAGAGCGAGAGAGAGAGAGAGAGAGAGAGAGAGAGAGAGAGAAAUGUCUUUGAGGGACAUUACGUUUGCUGCUUCUUUUAAAAGGUCACUUUAAUUCUUCAAUCUCAUAUUGUCUUUCCGAUGUACUCCACACACUUCUAGUCCGCGGGUUUUAAAACCGGCGGAAUCUGAAAAACUCUUUAAUUCUCACACACAGUUGAUAAAUUGAUAAUCUCACAUUGCCUGUCAGUGGAUUUCUAGUUUUACAGUGUUUUAUUAUUAUUUUAAUUUUUUUUCAACAAUCUUGUAAAUAAUGAAAAUAAAUUUCGACGAGGGUUGAAUUCUUUGAUCCUAAUUUGUUUACGCAGGACUCCCCCCCCCCUUCCCCCCCUUAAAAGAAAACACUUUCGACCCUUUAAUGUUGUGCCCGUCUUUAGAUCCAAAGACACCUAGUACUUACUCCCCCCCCCCCCCCCCCGUCCCCCUCCCCUUCCAUACACAACCCGCUCACGUUGUAUUCUGUCCCAAUGAAGACAGCUCUUCCAAAGACUGCCCCAGAAAAGACGGGAAGGUCAAGUUGUUUGUGCACUAGAUUUAGAAGCCGUCAGAAGAAGAAGACAAACACCUUUAACUUUGGUCACGCCCUGUUGUGACCCACACAGUGGUUGUGCAAAGGUGUGAAGUGAAGUGGGCGUCGGUCUUGUCGAGACUCGUAUGAAAAAUGCGUCACUAUUGGCAGAAGAGGUCUCGGAUUCAUCGUGUCUCUCUUAUACGUAUAAGUAUUACGGUAACCUAAAGGGAAGAACAUUGCUUUUGAGAGUUGAGUUGUAAGUUUUAUGAAAAUAAAGUCGCGAUAUAUUAGGUCGUAAAAUGAUGACAAUAAACGGAUUUUAGUCCUGCUGCAAACGUUAAAAUGAGGAAUUUGGAUCUAGUUACUUAUCAGGAAUUUAAAAAAGAUUGUGAAAGAGUUUAUUUCAAAGAAAGAAGCAAACAGAUACAGACUUGGAGGAAAAUGCCUUUUUUUGUUGAGGAGGGAAAUGAUUGGUGGUCGAUUGUGUAUCUUUGGUUACACAUGUGUGAUAUUCAAAGUAGUUUCACAAUUUCUCCAGAAACCUGGAGAUUGGUUGAAGAUUUUGGAUCCAGGCAAGGUGGAACACAGGCUCUAAUAGCAGCUCAUUUCUUUUUUAUUUAUUCUCAUGAUAUUAGAUGAUUAGAUUAUAUUCAACUUUAUUGUCAGAGCACAGUACACGAGUACUUAUACAACGAAAUGCAGUUUAGCGUCUAACCAGAAGUGCAAAAAAAGGAGUUAAAGUGCAGAGUAUUGUGCGUAUAUUACGACUUUAUCUUCACAAUAUUGCAACUUAAUUCUCGAAACGACAAUUUUCCAUUGUACUCUUAACGGGGAAAAUACAAAAAAAACAAACUAAAUCCGUUAAAAAAAAUGUGAUUUUAAAGAACAUGAUAUUUGGUGUGUUUAAAAAUAUGUUGAUAUAUAUGUUGUGAAAUUAAAACAUCGACCAAAACAGGGUGAAAUAAUUUAUGUUUAGUCAAAUCUGACACUUUGCUUCAUGUUAGGAUCUGCAAAGUAGUCGAGGAGCAGAUUGGCAUUUUCAUGUGUGGCGGAUAGUUAGCUUAGCAUAAAGAGUGGAAAUGGAGGGAAACAGCUAGCCUUGUCCUGUCUGCCCACCACAUUUCUUAAACCCGAUUUUUAACACAUUCAGACUUUUUGAUGUGAAAUUCUGAGUGUGGAAACAACAGUGUGUGGUUUUUACUAAAGAGCUGAUCAAGAACAGUGGUGACGGGAAUCUCAGCAAGAAAGUGCAUGAGCAACUCCUUUUAAUAUCAGUGUCAUCAGUGCAGACGGCUACAUGGUUGGUCUGUGGGCAAGUGACAAUGAUAACCCCCCCCCCCCACCCCCACUUUAACCCACAUAUUCAACCCUCCAAAGGAAAAUUAAAAUCGAGUCGACGCUCACUUUCUGAUAACGAAUGAAUAGAUCAGGGAGGAUGUUUUUGUAAAUGUAAAUAAAAAGUAUGUGGGAUCAUGUACCUCCACGUACCCGAGCUCUAGGAGGACACAAAGGGAAUUUGACCACCUUGUCAGAUUUGAGGGCUACGCUGGGCCAAGCCAUGAAAAAACAAAAUCCCUCCAUACACAUCUCACUUAAAUACUUAUUUUACAUUUACUCCUCCGUGCAGACGUCAUCACGCAGCGUCCCAGUGCUGCUGCUCACUCAGCCCACAUGCCCUCAUUCCCCCAACCCCCCCCCUUCCCAGCCAAAAUCAUCAUCAUCAUCAUCAUCAUCAUCUUCUCCUGCAACCUGUAGUUUUUUUUUGUUUUUUUUUAAUUGUUGCCUUUUAACAAGAGUUUGCUAUGAUGUAUCAUAGAGUUGAUAAUGAUAUUUGCACUUGAAUUGUUAUUGCUCAUGUAAAAAAAAAUGUCUGGAUUUUGUAUUGUCUUUUUAAAUGAAUGGAAUUUGGUGUUCUUAUGUUCUCGUAGCUUGUUUGUCCAUGAAAUGCUCACUCACCGUUUAGUCUAUAGAGAUGAUACACAUACAGUAACAUUAUCCACUGUAAAGAAAAAGAAAUGUACAGAGGUGAAUGGAACAAGUUUGUACCUGUUGCUGCCCAGAAACACUUAUUGAAAUAAACAAACUGUACUUCAGCUUCA